CCCUCCGGCAGUGAACGUGUUACAGGGAGUUCCUGGCUGCUUUCUGUUGUUUGCAUUGUGUAAGGAAGGAGCUGUGCAGUCAGUCGGCCUUCACACCGCUCAGAAGCCAUGAUAUCCCAUUUCUUCAGGCCCUGUCUGCUGCUACUGAGCCGGUCCAGGGGCCAGGCCUGUGGGGUAGAAUGGAUACAGCACAGGCCGGUGACCGGGGUAGGGGGGAUACGGUGCAGGGUAUGGGGGGCACAGCAGCACAGAGCGGUGAGCGGAGCAGCGGCGGCGGCGGCGGCUGGAAUAACAGAAGGGAACAAAAAGGUAAAGACGUUCCAUGACUUACCUGGCCCGUCCCUGCUCACCAACAUCUACUGGCUCUUCCCCCGGGGGUACAUUCUGUAUUCACAUGAGCUACAGGACAUAUUCAAGAAAAAAUAUGGGCCCAUAUGGAAAUCCACUAUUGGAAUGUUUAAUACAGUCUACAUAACAGAUGUGGAUCUCCUGGAGACGUUGCUGAGACAGGAGGGAAAAUAUCCAAAGAGGGUAGACAUGGAGCUCUGGAAAAUUCACCGGGACUCCAGGAACCUGGCCUACGGUCCUUUUACUGAGGAGGGCCACGACUGGCACACGCUGCGCACUGUGCUCAAUAAGAGGAUGCUGAAGCCCGCCGAGGCCCUUCUAUACACCGGGGCCAUCAACGAGGUGGUGACCGACCUCCUAAGCUCGCUGAAUGACUUGAGAAAAGAGACGCCCUCUGGAGUUAUGGUGAAUGACCUCGCCAACGUCUUAUAUCGAUUCGCAUUUGAAGGGAUUUCGUACAUUUUAUUUGAGACCCGUAUUGGCUGUCUGCAGAAGAAAAUCCCCCCGGAGUCUAAAAAGUUUAUUGACUCUAUUGGAGCCAUGUUGAAAUAUUCAGUAUUUGUGGGCAUUCUUCCAGCCUGGACCCACAAUGUAUUACCCUAUCACAAACUCUACCUAGAGAACUGGGACAACAUUUUUAAUUUUGGAACAAAGAUGAUCGAGCAGAAGAUGGAGAAGAUACAAGCUCGCUUGGACCGUGGGGAGGAGGUGCAGGGGGAAUACCUAACCUAUCUGCUGUCCAGUGGAAAACUGACGGAUAAGGAGGUGAACGGCAGUGUGUCAGAGCUGCUGUUGGCUGGAGUGGACACGACAUCCAACACUCUCUCCUGGGCACUGUACCACCUCGCCAGGGACCCAGAGAUCCAGGAAUCCCUUUAUCAGGAGGUGAACAAUAACGUCCCAGACGAUGGUAUACCCACCGCUGAGGAUAUCGCCAAGAUGCCGUUGCUGAAAUCUGUGAUUAAAGAAACACUCCGGCUGUACCCAGUCGUACCGACCAAUUCCAGAACGACUGUUGAUAAGGACAUAACCAUCGGGGGCUACUGGUUUCCCAAAGGUACGCUGUUUGCGUUAAAUCACUACCAGAUCGCUCGAGAUGAGGACAACUUUCCAGACGGCAACAAAUUCCUCCCAAAGCGAUGGCUGCGGGAUAACAAGGUGAAGAAUAAUCCCUUCAGCUUCAUCCCAUUUGGAUACGGAGUCCGAGCUUGUGUUGGUCGCAGGAUUGCGGAGCUGGAAAUGCAUCUCGCCUUAUCACGGAUAAUUAAGAAGUAUGAGAUCAGACCUGACCCCGAAGGUGUAGAGGUUGCUGCUAUGGCCAGGAUUGUCCUGACCCCGUCCCGCCCGAUUAACCUCCAGUUUCUGAACAGAGCUUCCUCCAAGUCACCCUGAACGUCCAAUCACAGAGAUGUGUCUAGCUAACUGUCUGUAUUUUGGGAAAGUGGCGACACUUGGUCCAGCAACUGGCAUCCUGCUUCAAAAUCUGAAGAUGAAGGUACCAGGAAUCCUAGAAUGAACGCUGCGAACCUCCAACUGAAAACUUGAUUAUUUUUGUAACUCUUUACUUGGAUCUAAGAUCCUUAAAAAUGGUUCUUCUAGUGUAUCUGAAGAUCUCAAAACUACCUGUGAUCCUGCCAUGUAUUUACAGGGGGAGCCUCCAAGUCUGUGACCCAGAACUGUAGUUGUAGCUUUCUUCUGCGCUGCCACCUGCUGGUGAGAAUGGGUAUUGCAGCACAGACAAAAAUUCUUACUUUUACCAGCUGGGGCCAAAACCUCUCUAGUACCCAUUUUAAAAAAAAAAGCAAUGGUUUUAAUGACAAAAAAAAUGCUAAUUUAUUUCUUAGAAAAUGUAUAAAAUAUGCCUAAACUAUGUAUAUAAUCAUCCAAAUAUAUUUUUAAAGUUUUAUGUUCCUACCUGCAUGUUAAAGCUGAACUCUUGGCACAAAAAUGCUCAAUAGCCACAUAGGAAAUAAAUGUCUUUCUGUGUGCAA